AUGGGAUCGACUGGACGACAUGACUUCCGGCCUCAGUCUACCCAGCAUGUAGACUCCGGCUCUCACGAGGGCAAUUACUCUACUCGGCCCUUCUCCGCUCCUCUAGGUUCCUCGGAUACCGCCAGGCACAGUUCGCCACCAAACGACGAUGACAGUGACAGCAUCGACACCGUCAUCUACGAUGGCCAUUCCAUAGAGAGCCGUACUCUCAUGCCCGCUCCCGACCUCUCACACCCCGAGAGACCCCCCAGCGCUAACUCCGACGCUCACAGCGAUGCGAACUCCGAACUCGCCAGCGAAAAGCCGGUGACAUGGCGCUCCUUGCCUAAGAAGGGCCAACUCGCCAUCCUGACCUUUGCCCGUUUAUCGGAACCGCUCACCCAGACCUCCUUGCAGGCGUAUAUGUUUUAUCAAUUGAAAUCCUUCGAUCCCUCGUUGCCGGAUUCUACCAUCUCCGCCCAGGCGGGUAUCCUGCAGGGUAGCUUUACCGCGGCGCAGUUCCUAACGGCUGUAUGGUGGGGCCGACUAGCUGAUGCGGAAUGGAUGGGACGGAAGAGGGUGCUUCUGAUCGGCUUGUUGGGGACAUGUCUUUCGUGCGUAGGGUUUGGGUUCUCGAGGUCCUUUGUCGUGGCUGCAGUGUUCCGGACACUGGGUGGUGUCUUGAAUAGUAAUGUCGGGGUUAUGAGGACGAUGAUUUCGGAGAUCAUUCAAGAAAAGAAGUAA